UCGCGCUGCGCACUGCCCUGCGUUUAACCCAAGGGAGAAAGAAAAGGAGGAGGAGGAGCAGGAGGAGGAGGAGCAGGAGGAGGAGGACAAAAUAAAACCCAGAUCCGGGCAGCCAGUGUUUUCUGGUUUUAUUUUUGACAGUCAGGCCCCGCACCCCACAUCCCGUCUUGCAUUGAGAGGAGGAGAGAAGAGAAAUAAACGUGGCAGUGCAAAUAAGGGCCAGCCGGGAGGCUGGCAAAAGGUUCUCAGUCUCCACGGUCUGCAGUCUACACUUAUGCUCUUCAGUCUGUCUUUAGGAUGAAGCUCUAAAGUGAAGGAAAGAGAAGCAGCUCUGAAUCCUCGGAGGUUUGUCUGCCUUUGGGGCUUUGUUCAAGUACAGGAAAAGAGAAAACUGCUCCUGAUCCCAGGAGAUUGGUCCUGCUUGGCUUGCAGCCUCUUGCAUAACUUGCAAGCCUGGCCUGAAUAACCUUGCCCAGAAAAGCACACAUCCACUUGGGCAAGCCAGUUCUACACCCUGGAUCAGAAAAUCACCCCAUCUGUACCAUGAGCCGAGUUCGGGAUGCUGGCUGCGUAGCGGCGGGGAUAGUGAUUGGAGCUGGUGCCUGGUACUGUGUCUACAAAUACACCAGGGGAAGAGACCAGACAAAGAAGAGAAUGGUCAAGUCCAAGAACCGGGCUAUGACUGGGACUGGAGUCAGGGCUAGAGCAGGGCUAAGGGCCGGAUUCACAAUUGACCUUGGGCCAGGAUUCAGUCCCCCAAACCCUGUCCAGGCUGGGAGAGAGAACAGGGGCCAGGAAGAAGCUUUUGCUCUGGACGUGGCUGGAGCUGAAGCAUUGGCCCCAGCUGUAACCAGUGCUGAGGCUCAGAGUGGGGCAGGAAGUCAGGCCCAGGAGGCAGAUGUCUCCAGGGUUGGCCCUAAGGCUGAAUCAGAAGUCAGGGAUGCAGUGGCUUCUGCAAUUGCACCACCUUCUGGCGUGGCAGAGGCUCCCACAGCUGCAGAGGCCCCUGCAAUGGCAGGGACUCCCAAAGUGGCAGAAGCCCCCAGCACAGCAGAGGCUCCUGGGGCAGCAGUGCCUACUAAGGGGGCAGCACCCACUGAGACAGCUGAGGCUCCCAGGGUGGCAGUGCCUACUGAGGUGGCAGGGGCUCCGGGAGUGCCAGCACCUUCUGAAGCAGCUGAGCCUCCCAUGCCCACAACACCUACUGGGGCAGCUGUACCUAUUAGGGCAGCAACACCUACUGUGGCAGCAGCACCUAUUAAGGCACCUGCACCUACUGUGACAGCAGCACCUACUAAGGCACCUGCACCUACUGUGGCAGCAGCACCUACUGGGGCACCUGCACCUACUAGGGUAGCAGCACCUACUGGGGCACCUGCACCUACUAGGGCAGCAGCACCUACUGGGGCACCUGCACCUACUAGGGUAGCAGCACCUACUGGGGCACCUGCACCUACUAGGGUAGCAGCACCUACUGGGGCACCUGCACCUACUAGAGUAGCAGCACUUACUGGGGUACCCGCACCUACUAGGGUAGCAGCACCUACUGGAGUACCUGCAUCUACUGGGGCAGCUGCACCAACUGGGUUAGCAGCACCUACUGGGGCAGCUGCACUGACUGGGGCUGCAGAGGCUCCUGGGACUUCAGGGUCCCCUAGGACAGUGGCAGUUCCUGGAGCAGCAGCUGCCAAGAAAGCAACCCCUGGGGCUCAUACUGGAGCCAUACCGAAGGCUGGGGCAGCAGCUGGAGCUGUACCCAAAGGUGCAGCCAAAGGUGGAACCAGGUCCCGGAAUGGGGGAAAGGGCAAGGGCAAGAAAAGCAAGGUGGAAGUAGAUGAAUUGGGAAUGGGCUUCCGCCCUGGAGAUGGAGCUGCAGCAGCUGCUGCAGCCUCUGCUAAUGGGGGACAAGCCUUCCUGGCAGAAGUCCCUGACUCUGAGGAAGGGGAGUCUGGAUGGACUGACACAGAGUCGGAUUCAGACUCUGAGCCUGAGACCCAGCGUAGAGGGAGGGGUAAACGACCUGUUCCCAUGCAGAAGCGCCCCUUUCCUUAUGAAAUUGAUGAGAUUCUGGGUGUUCGAGAUCUCAGGAAAGUCCUUGCCUUGCUUCAGAAAUCAGAUGAUCCUUUCAUCCAACAGGUAGCUUUACUCACCCUGAGCAACAAUGCCAAUUAUUCCUGUAACCAAGAGACAAUUCGCAAAUUGGGAGGCCUCCCAAUUAUUGCAAACAUGAUCAAUAAAACUGAUCCUCAUAUUAAGGAAAAAGCCUUAAUGGCCAUGAAUAACCUGAGUGAGAAUUAUGAAAAUCAGGGCCGGCUUCAGAUAUACAUGAACAAAGUGAUGGAUGAUAUUAUGGCAUCUAACCUGAACUCAGCAGUACAGGUAGUUGGACUGAAAUUUUUAACAAACAUGACUAUUACUAAUGACUACCAGCACCUGCUUGUCAAUUCCAUUGCAAAUUUCUUCCGUUUGCUAUCUCAGGGAGGUGGAAAAAUCAAGGUUGAGAUAUUGAAAAUACUUUCGAAUUUUGCUGAAAAUCCAGAUAUGCUCAAAAAACUUCUCAGUACCCAAGUGCCAGCAUCAUUUAGUUCCCUCUAUAAUUCUUAUGUAGAAUCAGAAAUUCUUAUUAAUGCCCUUACUCUGUUUGAGAUCAUCUAUGACAAUCUCAGAGCAGAAGUGUUCAACUACAGAGAAUUCAAUAAAGGUUCCCUUUUCUACUUAUGCACUACAUCUGGAGUGUGCGUUAAGAAAAUUCGAGCCUUAGCAAAUCACCAUGACCUCUUGGUGAAAGUGAAAGUUAUAAAACUAGUGAACAAAUUCUGACUGGCUAUGUGCUUUCAAAAGAAUUGAAGAAAUGUCUUGGUUUUGCAGUCUGGAAGCAUUGAAAAUUGGAAGUUACUACUUUUCCCCUUGCUCAUAUAGUAAAGGGAUCCUUUCAGCUGCCAGUUUUGAAUAGUGUAUCAUCCAAAGUGAUGUUAUCUGUGACAGUCACCUGCUUUAAGCUGAACCAUUUUAUGAAUACCAAAUAAAUAGUCCUCUUGUACUGAAAACACAUUUGUGACUUUAGUUGUGCUACUUGGAUGGAAAUAUUUUUACUGAUUCCUCUGUGAUUUGACAGUGAACCUGUCCAUAAUGAAUGGCCUACUCUUCUAUUAUUUGUUUCCACUUGAAUUUAUCCACCAAAGAUUUUAUUUGUAUAUCAUCAAUAAAGUUGUUUCAACUGACAAAAAAA